UACGACAAAAAAUUAAUUAAUCAUGUUGGAUCCCUGUUUGUUUCGGACAAUAACUUGAUGGAUAUAUCGGGUAAAAAGAGUCCAUAGCUUCUAUACCCCAUGGGAUUUCACCCUCUCCCACACGCACAUGAUUCUGUCGUGUCAAUGAUUGAUUUCUCGAGAAGAACGAGGGGCCCAUUAGCGUCAUGUGCGACGUGGCCUUUUAAGUUGUAAUUGAUUUCUGACGAUUCAGAUCGAGCGGAGUCACCAUUACGCCGAGAGGGAGAAGAAAGCUCUGAAAUCUUCUAUGUCGAAAUGGAGAAGAAGACAUCUUGGGUCUGUACUGUUAUUACACAGGUUUCUCUCUGCUUUGCUCUCUACGUAGCUCUCAACUUGGGCCAUCCUCAGAACUUCAUAUAUGGCGGACGUACCUCUCUUGAUUUGCACUUCAUCAGUGUGAAAGGAGGCUUCAGACCGCUUCAACAACAAUUAGAUCUCAUGAAACAGAUGGAGAAGGUGGCAAACUACAGAGUAAGUUUUGUCGUGAGCAGCAGUGAACUUGGGGAAGAUGAUCCACUCUUUCAGAAUGCUACGCAGCAGUUUCCAUCACUGAGACUUCCCUGGUACAACUCAUGCUCCUCUAGAACUUCAAAAAGACCAGAAGCAGGGUGCUUUGCAGAGAAGUUCAAAAUAUCAAAUGGGAAGACGCUAGAUAUUAUUGGUGUGGAUACUGAAUCACUGCAAAAGGAAUUUGCAUUGAGGGGAUCACUAAGUGGUAACAGGAAGAAUCAGUUGCACUGGAUGAUUAGAACACUAGAAAGAAACGCUAGUAACUGGCGCAUAGUUGUUGGAUACCAACCACUGGUUGCUUGUGGGGAGAAUGAGAAAGUGGAGAAACAAGAUGUUUUCAAGUAUCUGCAUAGAAUGUUUAUGAAACUGGAAGUGAACUUGUACUUGAGUGGCCAGGAUUGCACUAGCCACACCCAAGAGAGUAGCGUAGCUUACAUUGGGAACCCUGGCCUGACUCAGAAAGAACCCUAUUCACUUUUUGUGAAUGGCAACUCUUCAUUAAGUCUAGAACUGGCUAAUGGGUUCCUUCUUCACAGAGUCAGCCCAAUGCAAAUUGUAACGUACUAUAUUAAUUCAUCUGGUGAAAUUGCGUACAAAACUGUACUGCAGCAGAAGGGAAGAGAGGCGAUGUAAAUAUAUAUCCAGUUGAUGGUCCAUUGUUACUUAUUCUUUCAAGAUUAGGUUGCUUUAAAGCCAUAAUUUUCUGUCCCAUUUUAUUUAUCCUAUUUCCCAAUUUUCUUAUCAAACUGCAAGAACUAAAAGCUCUCCACUUUGAAGAAGUUCAUUCUUUUAAUGUAUUCAGGGCUGUUGUGAGGAACAAUUUGGUGAUUGAUUCUUCAGCUUUAGGUUCUUCUGAUAAGUUUUGUAGCGUUGCAAAGCUUUAGUGUUUAGUUUAAGAUUCUUGUCCAGGAAUGGUUAAAGAAGUUCUUGAGAUUCAUUUGCUGCACUCUAUAUUUUCUGCUCUCAGGUUUUGGUCAUUUUUCAAGCAUAUUGUUUGUAAUUUUAUGAGUGUUA